AUGGUCGAAUCCAGUCUCGCUCAAGGUUCCGGUUCGCCCUCCCCGCGCCGCCGACGCAAACACCGUAAACCAUCGCACAAGCGCAACAUGUCGCCGAACGAGGCUCGGUAUAACGGGGCCGGGUGGAACGUGUCCGGUGCCCAGGUCGCCGCCUCGAACGAAACACUCAACUUCAUGUUGGGCAACCGUCGUCAGCCAACUUGGAUGACUGGGCCGCAGUCGCAGGCAUCCACCGUUCCCCUGCGUAACAUGGAAUCGAUACCAAGCAGUCGUCAGGGCCCUCACGCCCCCUCGAGGCGACCACCUUCUCAACCCUCGAACCGUACCUCGACCGACAAGACCUCAGAUGUGAACCGACCGGCGUCCGCAAACGUCACUGCAGCUAUUUCAAGAGUGCUUGACGGCCCGCAAGACAAGCCUGUGGCGGUGCCUGAGCUUGCCCAACACACACUUGACUGCACAGCCGCUCUUCCGUCUCCAGCCCCGACUGACCAGCCUAGUCCACCUACAGCCGCCUCUAACCAAGGCUCCUACACAGACUCUUGCUUCCAGAACCCGGACUUGCCUCACGAUUCUUCAGCGAGUACCUUGAACAACACCACAUCGAUACCGAGUGGUGAGACAGUUGCCCAGUGCCAACCUGCCAAUGACUAUCAAUAUAUCUCUGGGCCCACCGUCUCAGGCCUGAGCAACACCGCACCUUUGCCGGAUGAUGACCGCUCCGCACCGGGACCUCUUCCACCUGAGAACAUUGACAACCAUACAAUCUGCAUGCCUUCAGAUGCGCCUCAGAAAACGGCCCCAAGCUCGUAUUCGGAGACUCGGUUUGUCGCUCCUCAAACCACUCCGGCCUCCGCAACCCUUGCUGGCUCGCAGAGUCAGUCUAGUCAAGCUGCAACGCCGCCUUCGCUGGACCGACAGUCAACUGCCCCUGCCUGCCGCACGCCGCAACUUCUCGAUCAUGAUGAUACGAGUGCUGGAAUACCAGAAGCCAACAUCCACCCUGCCGGUAGUCUUGACCUCAAAGUCAUGGCCGACACCUUCGACAGGUUCAUCCGCCUUUGCGGUGGCCCCAAUAAGAUUCAGGACGACGGUACCUCUUUGCCUAGGAUCCGAUUUCUCAAAGACGCUAUUGACAAGGGCGAUUACUUCUACGUCGUACUACACCAUAUUCUUUGUGUGUGGCCUGCUGACAGGCAAGCCGUAUACCGCCUUCUUGGUCUUGCUCCCGAAAUAGCGGAGAGUGCGCUUGGCGUCAUACAGAACACUCUCAGAAAGAAUGAAAACAUGAAUCCGACGCUGGUCCAUUUCUUCGCAAACUUCCCCAAUACACGUGCCUCUGGUCUGUGGGAGACCGAAGCCUUCCGCAAACACGCCAGCGACGUUUCCGUCUUCCUCAACAACCUCCACGAGCAGUGGAACCGGAUUCACAUUCCGGCCAUGAGACCUCGCUCUGGUAGAGGCUAUCCCAUUCUUGCGGACGAAUUGCGCUAUCAGCUCAAGCUUCGAUCGCCGGUGCUGGAAGGCAUCCUCUUCACAGUCACUAGAAGGCAUAUCGGCGUCCCUGACGGUCCCAUCGCGGAGCAGAUGUCGGCGCUUUUCCGCCAAGACGCCUAUAACGACCAAGCCAGAUUGUCAGAGCAGGAACAGAGAGCAUUCCAGCAUGCAUUGAUAUCGAAGUACAAGAAGCUCGUCUGCCAGAGCGAUCAAGUCCAACAGCACCGACAAGUACAAUAUCAACGGCAGCAACAGCAGCAGCAACAGCAGCAACAGCAGCAGCAACAGCAGCAACAGCAGCAACAGCAGCAGCAACAGCAGCAACAGCAGCAACAGCAGCAACAGCAGCAACAGCAGCAACAGCAGCAACAGCAGCAACAGCAGCAACAGCAGCAACAGCAGCAACAGCAGCAACAGCAGCACCAGCAGCAAAUGCAAAUGCAAAUGCACCAGCAGCACCAGCAGCAGUUGCGGCAGCAGACUCGUUCUACGCCGGUCACACAGUUGCAGCAGCCACCACAGAACAUGGCCAGACUACAAGCCAUGCCUCGAUACCAACCCAUGACAGAGCAAGUGAGGAGACAUUCCGCUGGCUUUUCUUCCGCGCCGGCGAGGGUACCGACUCCGGUACAGAGUUUCCCUGCCAUGGGUUUCGAUAUGUACCCUUCUCCGCCCAUCCAGAACCCACCCCAGUUUCAACACAACUAUCAGAACAAUCCGGCCCCUGUGAAUCCGCAGCUGAUGCUGCGUAGCCAGGAUCCCAAUCACUUCCAUGGUGGAAUGCAGCAGCCCAUGCAGCAAGCCAUGCAACAGGGCCUGGUGCGCAUGCCGCAAAUGCCGCAAAUGGGCGGACAGGCGAUUCAGCCGCUCACGCCCACAGGCUCUCCUCACUACGCCAACGUGCAGUUGCCGUAUAAUACCGGAGCACCACAAGGUCUUGGCCAGGCAUCUCCUGUUCUACAAGCGCCCCCGGGAGGUCUCUCAGUGUCGAUGCCGACCGUCAUGUCACCAACGCGGCCUACGGCUCCUCAGGUUGCACCGGGUCGUUUACCAGGCAUACCCCAGGAUCAACAGUUGCCACAGCUCGGUCAUUUUCAUCAUCCGUGGUCCCAGCAAGCUCCGAGCGUAAACUCGGAUAUGGGGCGUCAAGCCCAGGCUAUCGCGCAGAGGCAGGCGGAUCGCGUGUCACUUCAGGGGCAGCAACUGUCUUCACCACGACUACAGCAGGCGCAGCAGGUGUCCUUUCAAAGGCGGUCUCCGAAUGCUGCCGGCCAUAUGCAGACGGAUCCAAACGUUCCAGGAUCUCUUCCGGGAGUAAGUACGGCAGUUGCGAACCACCAAGGGCCAAGGCCAAUCAUGACGCGGUUCAGAAUCAGUCGUGACGCGUCGGGAGGUUUGACAGGCAAGGUGUUCGCGCCACCUCAUGUGCAAAUUCCUCUGGACCGGGUUCCGCACACACCUUGGGAACCAAGGGCGUUAGGCGUAGGACUGCACCAAAUCGAAGCAAGGAGUCCAAGACGAAUGCCGCGUGACUUACCGGGGCUAGACGACGGGGCACGAUCAAACAGAUACUACCAAUCCAUCAAGAAACUGGCAUUGGGCCCGGUCGCAACGCCGGCCGGGCAAGAGCUGCACCGUCUUGUCUUUAUCGUGCCCAACGAGGACAUCGACAAGCUCUGCCGCAGUCGAAACCUGGCAGGAGACGGGGUUCCCGUGUCGGAGUACUUCAACGGAUCCCUCCGAUACCGCCUCCGUCUUUGCGAACUGCAAGCCAAGCCGGGGGAGCCGACGGAAGUGGCAGAAGCUACUUGGGCAGUGGCACAGACGUAUUGGCCCGACCACAUCAACAUCUUGGUCAACGACAAAGUCAUGACGAUCCGUCGCAAGCAGCACAAUGGACAGCAUCAGCCUGUCGAGCUCACGCCGUUUGUUGUCGCGGGCGCGAACUCGAUAUCGGUGGCCAUUUCCCCGUCGCCACGGCCUCCAAAGCUAAACACGAUGUACUACAUGGCGGUGGAAAUCAUUGAAACGUUGAGCCACGAACACAUUCUCAACAUGGUGCUAGGAAACGGCGGCAUUUCGGCCGAUUCGACGAGAGAAGCGAUCCGCCGGCGCCUGACGCCGGCGAGCGAGGACGGAGACGACGAGGUGGCUGUGGUGGGCAACGAUCUCAGCAUCGAUCUCGCGGACCCGUUCAGCGCGUCGAUAUUCCAGAUUCCAGUACGGGGCGCUAGCUGUGUGCACAUGGAAUGCUUCGACCUCGCCACUUGGUUGCAGACACGACCGAAUAAGCCCAGCUGCACGGUCCAUGGAGCGGGCAAUGGGUGCCGUCUUUGUAGCCGUGGCCACGGGGCGAAACCCGAGCCGUCGUUGGUGGACAAAUGGAAGUGCCCUCUAUGCGACGGAGAUGCUCGUCCUUACAGCCUGCGGCAGGACAAGUUCAUGACAGAGGUUCGUUCGAUUCUUGAGAUGGAGGGGAAACUUCACACCAAGACAAUCCACGUGGAGGCAGACGGAUCGUGGAGGGCGAAAGAAGAGGAAGCGAGUGAUGAAGACGAGGACAGUGAGGACGGGCAGCCGCCUGCGAAGCGGGUUAGGACAGGAACGACCGUGGCGGAAAAAGCAAGCGCCGUGGAGGUGAUUGAGCUGGAUUGA